AUGUCAAAUAGAAUGUUUGGAGAUGAAGUCGAUGAGGAAGAUGAACUUACUAUGUUGGUUUGUCAGUGGUUAGACGAACGUGGUUACAAAGAGACUCUUGCAUCGCUGGAACACAACAGUGGUAAAAUCUAUAACCCAGAUCAAAUCAAGAUGGGUAGUCAAUUGAACUACAUCUAUAAUGAACAUAAGGAAUUACAAACAUCCGCCGCAUUCGCCGAAAUGGCAAUCGAUGAUGAAGAUCAAGAUUUGAAUGAUAUUGGUAAUGGUAAUUAUCCAAAGGAAUUGGAAGAACAAUAUUUUGAGAUUCAUAAGAGUAAUAUCUUGGCAUGUAGAUUCUUGAAUUCACCAAAUUGUAAUAUAAUUGUUACAGGUUCAACCGAUAAAACCAUUAAGGUUACCGAUUUCAUUACACAAAAAGUGUUAUAUACAUUCUCAGAGAUAUCACAUGCACCAUUCAUUUCAUUAGAUUUCAGUCCAAUUGACCCAGAAUUACUUUUAGCUUCAUCAGUUGAUGGAUCUACCUCUUUGCUGAGAAUCAAUAGUACUACUGGAGAGGGUGAAGUCGUACAACAGUUCAAAGAUCACGUCAAGUAUGUAGUAAGAGUAAGAUGGAGUCCAAACGGAGAUCGUUUCGCAACUUGUUCAUACGAUAAGACUUUGAAGUACUAUCAAAGAGAUCAACAAGAUACCUCUAAAUUCGUAUUGGUCAAUUCAAUUGAAUUCCCAUUCUCCUUGGAAUCGCUAAUCUUUACACCAGAUUCAGAAAGAAUUAUUACAGCAUGUAGAGAAUCGAAUUAUAUUCAAUAUGUUAGUUUUGCAGAUGGUUCAAUCGAGAAGUUCAAUAUGAAUGCAAACGGUGACGAUCAUGUUAGUUUCUCAGCUAUGGAGUUUGGUAUCUCGCCAAACAAGAAGUAUCUUUUGGUCUCUACCGAUCGUAAUCGUUUGAUUCUCUUUAAGCUAGGUACCGAUAAGCAACUUCGUAACUUCUAUGGUGCAUUCAACGAUAAUUUCUGUACUACAAGAAAUACAUUUGAUGUUACUGGUCAAUAUAUUUAUUCAACUUCACAAGAUAAUCAAAUAUAUGUAUGGGAUGUAUCAACUCAAAAAGUUGUAUCUAAAUUGAAACAACAUACUUCAUCAAUUAGAGAUCUAUCAAUUCACCCAACUUUGAAUCUUUUAGCAUCAUGUUCUUUCGAUAAAUCUGUUUGUAUUUGGAAAGCUUAA